AGUUAUAUUGAAACGCAAAAAAAUAAGAUUAUCAGUGUAUAACGUCGUAUUAUUGCAUUGUUAUUUUGAAUGGAAACAUGGUGAACUGUGUAUUGUGCGCAAAGACGAUGAUCUUGGUAUGGUAGGUGCAUAUGAUGCGGAAGGCUAUGUGCUUGUUUUCUUAUACUGAAAUAUUGAAGUCAACCCAAACAAGAAAGUCACUGAAACAAGAAAACUCCACUAUACCAGUACCGGUUAUGGAUUUCAUUAGUCCCGAAAUGUUUGAAUAGAACGCAAGUCGUUUGGUGUGUGGUGGCUUCAAUUGGUGGUUACUUUACAAAUGGAUCAAUUUGCGAAGAGGCACUUUGAAGGCAGAUGAACAUUUUAAAUGUCAAUUUAAAACACCAACAAUGGCUCUUUGACUAGUAUAUGUACAUAUGCAAGUCUAUAUUUAAAAGUCUUAAAUUGCAGAAACCAACGCACAUUAGACAGAUGGCAGCAGUAGAACAAAAACAAGAGCAAUGUAUUUUGUUUUUGCCUGCAGUCGAUAGAAUGACAAAAUCUAUAAACAAAAAUUGACAAUUUAUAGGCCAAAUAAAUAGAAAAAAAUUAAAAAGGCAACGUUGCUGCUACUUGUCUAUGAACCUUGACAUAAUCGUAAAUGCUCAAUUAAGAAUUUUUUUUAAGACACUUGACAUUUAUUUUAGAAAUAUUUCACAAUAGAAAAGAGUAACAUAACAAACGUUUAAAAACUGCAUUAGAGAAUACAUAUACAAGUCAUUAGUAAGAGGACGCUUUUCGAGUGCUCAGUUAGCGAGAAUAUGCGCAUCUUAAAUAUAUGGGUUUUGGUAUAUUUUACUACUAAUAGCGUGGCUGCUAAGAUUACUGUUAACAAAGUUAUUGUACGCAUACCUAAGCCGAUGGAUAUUGGCCUUAUAUUUGAUUUAACAGUUAAAAAUGUCCGGUGCAAAGAAGCAGAGCCAUUAGAAUUUCGCAUACAUUCAAAUGGCUCUUGUUGUGUAAAUUUAACGGAAAAUACAAUUAUGAAAAAUGCUGGCCGCGUGGUGGGCGGAAGUUUCGGAGUCCUUCAACCGGGGGCCACAGAAUUAAUAUCUUUGAUUUGGCCAACAGUUUCUCUGUAUAAUCGUGUGGGAUCAUGCCCGAUCGUUUUAACAUCAAAAAAUGCUCGAAACAUCGAAGAACAUCAGAAACACAGCAUUAAAUUUGAUACACGUUUUACAACGUUAGAUCCCGAAGGACGCACAUUAAGGAAAUGGCCAAACUAUAAAGAUUGCAAAAACUGGGAUAAAGAAUAUCUGCAGAAUUGCACACCCGUCAACUGUGAAGAACGUUACUUUGGGCAGCGCAGUUUUUAUAAUAAAACCACACAACAUUGUGAUGAGGUGCCACGCUGUGAUAAGCCAAAUAUGAUCUAUGAUUUGUAUAACAAUGACUGUCUAAUUCCGGAAAACUUUUUUACUGCCGAAGAUAUGAAACGAAUACAAAAUGGUGAUUACGUAGACGAAGCUGAACAUGACGAAACAGGACAUGAAGAAGCGCCAGAAAUGAAAAACAAUGGCGAAAAUGUUGGCGACUUACCGUUCAGCAAAAUGAAGGAAAUAUGCGACAACAAAAAUAAACCACAUCCUCAGCAACAACAGCAACAUUUUGGCGCGAAACGGGCUGUCGAUGCUUUUGAUGAAGAGUUCAAUAAUUUAAUGCAAUCUCAAUUCGUUGAUCCAGUUGGUGGUGAUGGUCCAAAGCCUACAGUGGCGCCCAUAGCAGCAGAAAACGGUUAUAUACCAUAUUGGUUGAAGGGCAUAUUGGAAGGUCUAGUGGUAGUUGGUGCUAUAAUAUUUUUGCAGGUUCUGGCCACACUUACUAUUUACGUGCUCAUUUGUUUUGUGAUCUUUCUGAUUGUCACAUGGAUAUCACGUCGUCAAUUUAAGAGCAAUGCGAAAGCCACUUGUGUAUUGCGUUCGCCGGCACCAUCGGAUGUUGGAGAGGAGCCACUGAUAACACCAUCCAGUUUGCUAUCUCAGCGUUGAUUGAAUCAGGAAGAACGGAUGGGCCAACCUUUGUGCGUCGAAGUGUAUGAAGGUUUCAACCAAUUUUGCUUGCGUUUAUUGCUUCUGUUUUCUGUAGAUAAAAAACUUUUAAACGAAAUUCGGCCGCAUCAAAACAAGUGAAAGAGUCACUUAAAAAAUUUCCGGUCACCUUUUUAUUUUGGAGCCAAAAUUAAUACUUGUUUGUAUGAAUGUAUGUAUGUAUGUAUAUUAUUGUCUCUGAAUCUUUUUUAUGAGAAUUCAGCUGUGAUUAUUGGAGA